AUGGGUUGGUUUUGGGCUGAUGCUACUUCGACAACUAAUAAGAAAUUAAAUAAUAAUGCUACUGCUGCUAGCAUCGCCGAUAACAAUAUAUCCAGCUGUCCAGUCAUGCACGCUAGCAAUACCACCACUACUCCUACAAUUAAUAACGUAAAUAGAGUAGAAGGUUGUCCCGUUUUGGCUCAUGGAUCUUCGGUGAUGGAUUCAUCCUCUGCGCUAAAUCCGUUAAAUAACAUACCAGCUUAUUUACCAGAUGAAAAAUUACCAAACCAAAAAUUAGAUUUACCCAAAGAUCGUACACUAAGUUCUAUCCCUAAAAAUGAUGGAUCAUUGUGGGAAUAUCCAUCACCCCAACAAAUGUAUAAUGCCAUGGUAAGAAAGGGCAAAAUUGAUCCAAUUACAGGUGAAGAAAUUCCAGAAGAUGCCGUAGAAAGUAUGGUUGAUAUUCAUAACUUCCUUAAUGAAGGAUGCUGGAAAGAAGUUUUACACUGGGAGAAUACGUAUCAUCCACAACCAAGUGAUGGAAAACCUAUUAAAUUAUUGAAAUUUACUGGCAGACCAAAUGACCUGAGCCCUAUGGCUAGGUGGCAACUAUUUUUAAGUAAAUUGUUUCCUAAUUCUUAUAGUCCAUUUCCACCAUUUGAUAGACACGAUUGGACUGUUUUAAGACCUGAUCCAACUAUUAAUGCGGAAAGUGCUAGUUCGGACGUACCUGGGUAUAAAAAAGUUAGAUACGUUAUUGAUUUCUAUGAUGGUCCUGACGAAGAAGAUGGGAAUCCCACUUUUUAUGUCAACUGUAGACCAGCUUUGGAUGAUUUUGAAAGUUGUAAAGAUAGGUUUUUGGAGUUCACCCAACCUGUGUUGAACAAAUUCUUUGACAACAAUAGCAGUGAUAAAAAAUAG